AUGUACUUCUUGUUGGCAUUUGUCUCUUAUAUCCUAAUUAUUACAGUCAACUUAACUUUGAUCUUAACAGUGAUCAUGGAAAAAAGCCUCCAUGAGCCCAUGUAUAUUUUCCUCUCUAAUCUAUGCUUGAAUAGCCUUUAUGGGACUGUUGGUUUUUACCCUAAAUGUUUGCUGGACUUGCUAUCUGAUACUCACACAAUAACCUACAGUUGGUGCUUACUACAAGUUUAUGUGAUUUAUUCCUCUGUCCUUUGUGAAAUCUCAAAUAUUACAGUAAUGUCUUUUGACCGCUAUGUGGCAAUUUGCAGACCACUGCAAUACCACAGUAUUUUGACUCCACAUGCUGUGCUUAAGCUGCUUUUUGUUUUAAUUCUUAUUUCAUAUGUUUUUAUUGUUCGAGUUUGUAUAUCCUCCAAUGAGGGCAGAACAAAGUUUACUAAAACUUGUUUGCCCCAUAUUUUGAGAUGA